GGCGGUGCCGAUUACGAAGCCAGAAUGUCAGCGAGCACGGAUCCCUUCCCUUCCAUCUCUCCACAACCUAUUCAUGUAUGUCGUCCGCCUCCUCGUUCUUUCGUCGUCGUCGGGCAUGGGUCCUAAUAUUUUCCGUGCUCGGCUGAUAUACUACUUCGGUUCGCCUUUCCAACUGCCCGAGGCAAUCAAGGACGUACCGAAUCUCUCACGCGCAAACAUAGCCCAGUUUGCAAGAAACAGCACGAACGACCCGGUCGAUGAGAUAUACGGCCUGAUUCAUCUCGUGACCUCCCCGGAGGAGGACCGUCAGCACAUUCUGGGGCACACGGAGGGUUUCGACCCCACGAAGCCCGUGGAUAUGAGUCUGUAUGCCGCUGGGGCCAAGGCCAUGAACUGGAACAAGCGUGCCAAGGAGCUCGACCAGAAGUACCCCCUGGUUGUCUUCAGCAAGUCUUAUUGCCCGUUUUCGCGACGGGCAAAGGAGCUUUUGGCGUCUUAUGAUCUUUCUCCGCCUCCCCAGGUCAUCGAAGUCGAUCUCAGAGGCGCGUUCUCCGGCCGCUUAUUCGGCUCGAGCUUCCCAGGGCUAAUCACACAGCACGUUCCCGAAUGUCAUCAUCCGGGCAAGUCUAUCGGUGGCUCGGAUAACCUGCAGGCCCUUGCUGCGAACCACUCGCUCAAGCAGAUCCUGGAAAAUGCGGGGAUUUCAAUCAACCUGCUCGGGCUCUCCGACGCUCUGCUCACGACGCCGAAGUCGUCGGCGGCGGCCAAGCGGCGGUUCCUCCACGUCCCGGGAACGCCGGGCAUCUGGCGCAUCCCGGGCCCGACGCUCUCGUUCCUGUGGUCUGAGCUGCGCUUUUUCAUCACGCCGGGCCUGGUGAACGAGCUGGUGCGCGGGUGGAACCGGCCCGCGGACAUCGUGGACGAGUCGCUUGAGAGCUUCCUCACGCGCCGCAUGCACCCGGUCACCGCGCGGAUCCUGGGCAGCGCGCUGGUGCACGGGAUAUACGCGACGGACGCGCGCCUGCUGAGCGUGCGUGCGGCGUUUCCGAAGUUGUGGGAGAUGGAGGAGAAGGGGAACGGCCGGCUGUUGUGGGGCCUCCUUACCCGAUCGCGCCAGGAUAGGAACGAGGAGAAGCUCAAGGUGGAGGAGGACCGUCAACGGUAUGAGCUGGGUGAUGUUAUGCCGCUCCUAGAGGGAGCUGCGGUUUUCUCGUUCCGCGACGGGAUGAGCAGCCUUCCGCAGGCACUGACUCGUGCGAUCCGGCAGAAUCCGAACGUUGGCAUUAUGACUGAGACAGAGAUCGAGUCGUUACAGUUGAAUGAAGAAGGCUUCGAGAUCACAACCAAGCAAACCAAUCCCGUCAGGCCCUCUCAUGUCGUAUCUGCCCUGCCGCUUCCCAUUCUCCAUCAGCUGCUUCCGGCAACACACGAGCUGCCAUACCUUAGAACUAACCCGUAUUCCUCGGUGACCUCGAUCAAUCUCGUCUUCCCUGGGAAACGGAUUUGGCCCCGGGGGUUUGGAUACUUGGUUCCUCGACCCCAGAACGACUACGCCGUGGAUGAGGCUGGGAUUCUCGGUGUGGUGUUCGACAGCGAGGCGUUGUCGGGGCAAGACAAUCUCGCGCCAGGGGAGCAGAUCACGAAGGUGACUGUCAUGAUGGGUGGCCCGCAUCGGAAUGUGGAUACCCGCAUCCCGGUUGUGCUCGCCCACCUGCAGUAUCAGCUGAACCGCAGCAAGCCCUUCCCCGAGCCGCUGGCCGUGAAAGUUUGGGAGAACAGACACUGCAUCCCGACGCCGAUGCCUGGGCAUUUGGUUCGCAUGGAGCGGCUCCAGGAAGCUUUGAAAGGAGAUCUGUGGCAGGGAAGGAUGGAGGUUAUCGGCGCUGGAGUGAAAGGCGUCAGCGUCGGGGACUGCAUCGAAAGCGGGCGCAAUGUAGGGCUGGAAUGGUAAUGGCAAUCCCAGGACGUAUGAGAUUUUUUCAACUCCGACGCUUCCAUGUCGAACGCUUGCGAUCUCAGAUCUCACGCUUAUCUAUUCCUCCUUUACAUGUGGGUUGGUCAACGUGUAGAGAGCAUCUUAAUUCCCACCAGUCGGGCGUCCACUUUUCCAAAACUUUUCGUUUAUGCCAAGUGGCU